AUGGCUUCCGCCCUCGAGCAAUCCUCCUCCUCCUCCGCCUCACCGCCGGCUUCUCAUUCUUCCCCGCCGCCACCGCCGCCGCCGCCGCCGCCGCCGCCGAGAGAAGGCCCGAGCUGGCUGCCGCAUUUCCUCACCGGGAACUACUUCUCGCAGUGCCUCAAGCACGCGUCGAGCAAGAACGAGCGCAAUCACUUCUGCAUCGACUGCGUCCUGGACGGGCCGAUGUGCCACAUUGGCCUCCAGACCGAGCAUGCAAACCACCGGAGCUUGCAAGUCCGCCGCGCGUCACACAUGGACGCUGUCCGGGUCCACGACAUCCAAAAGUUGGCCGACAUCUCCAACAUCCAGACUUACACCAUCAACAGCGCCAAGAUCGUCUUCCUCCUCAGCAGGCCGCAGGACCGGAUCGCCAAGGCCGCCACGCACUGGUGCCAGAACUGCAACCGGACGCUCACGGAUCCCACUUGCUUCUGCUCCAUCAGCUGUAAGUUGGCCGCUGCUCGUAUCAAUCCCUCCGUCUCCCUGGCUCUUCCGCUUCAUGUUCCUGUUCCUUCUCACGGCGAGCUCUCGCAGCAUGCACCCGGCACCGCCGCUUCGUCUUCCCCCGCUCCUGUCCCUGUCCCUGCUGGAGUAGCGGCUUCUUCGUCUCCGGCACCACGGACGUCGAGGACUUGCUGCUUCGAGGACGAGCCUGUGCUUGUCAAGUCCAUGGCGGUUGAGGGUCUCACGGACGAGCAGAAGAUUUCCAAGGCCGGGAAGAAGGCCCAGGUGCCGAUCAAGAAGCGCAAGAUGGACAGCCCGCGGCAGCAGUCGAGCACCACCGUGGAGAGCGAUGGCGAUGAGGAGCAGGCCACUUUUGCCGACGUUCCGCCUUCCCCGAUCUCUGUGCUCGUCCCCCACAGCCCGCAGCAUUCUGGGAUAUCGUCGCUGGCGGCGGAUGUCAACAACACCGUGGAGCCGCUGACGCCGCAGAAGCACUGCGAGUCGCCACGGUCUUCCAAGCGGCGCAGGAAAGGCCAGCCGCAGCGGUCACCUCUCUCAUGA